CAUGCAAUUAUUCAAGGUAUAAAAAACUGCCAGAUAACUUUCACUUUCGUUUUCUCAGAAACGCUCCACUUCCCCUCUGCAGCAAACAGCAAAAGAGAAAGAAGAAUCAGCAGUCGAGAGGAAGAGGAGCUGAACUGCACACUUAGAACCGCAGAAACACACACAGACCUUAAAUCUGACCUGAGCUUCACACAAGAGUCAAUCAUGGGAGGAAAUCCAACCAAACCCGAAUUUGUCACAGUUCUGGCUGAGAAACAAGUUGAACCUGGACAGGAUAUUAUUCUUACCUGUCAGGCAAACACAGAAGAUGUAACAGUCUCAUGGGAAAAGCAUGACCAAAAAUUGAUUUGUGUUGAGGGCAAGCACAAAAUGAGAACAAUUGGUAAAAAUUGUGUCUUGGAAAUUUCAAACGCUGAGGACAGUGAUGAAGGAAACUACACCGUAACCCUGAGCAACAGUUCAGGUUCCACCUCAUGCUCUGCAAUUGUGAGAAUCAUUAUAAAAGAAUGGAGGAAAGUGGAAUGGAAACAAGAAAGAAUGUUAAACUCUCUCAAGACAUUUAAAAUUUGUAAUGAAGUUCAAGAGCUCAGAUUCCUCGUCUGUGGACCAGUUGGAGCAGGAAAGUCCAGCACCAUAAACACCAUCAGAUCCAUUUUUGAAGGCCGACAGUUCAUCGACUGUCUGGCUGCUGCAGGAUCAACAACGAGUCAUACUUUACGCUAUGAACGAUUUGAAUUUGCAAAUGAAGAAGGAUCAUUUCCUUUUGGCUUCAAUGAUAUAAUGGGUGCAGAAAAAGACUCUGGAGUCCUCAGUGAAGAUAUCGUCAGUGCUUUAAAAGGUCAUAUUAAAGAGGGUUACAUGUUUAACUCUCAAACUCCACUGUCUGAAAGCAGUUUUUACUACAAUAAAAACCCCACCCUGAGUGAUCAGAUGCACUGCCUGGUGUUCGUCAUGCCAGCUGACACAAUUUCAACCCAAGACAAAAAGUUUCUCCAAAAAAUGAAGAGUGUCAUAAAAGCAGCAAGCAGCAUGGGAAUUCCUCAAGUGGUUUUCAUGACAAGAGUAGACCUCGCAUGUCCAUUAACCAAGAAGAAACUGCAAAACGUCUACAAAAGCAAGAAGAUCAAAGACAAUAUGCAGAAAUGCAGUUAUGAACUGGGUGUGCCUGUGAACCGUAUCUUUCCUGUCUUGAACUAUCAUGAGCAGAUCCACAUGGAUGAAGAUAUAAACUGCCUGAUGCUCGAUGCCUUAACAAAGAUUAUCUACUGGGCUAAUGACUAUGUGCUCAAAAAGAGUUCACAACAACAAUCAACCUGUGAAUAAAGAAAGCUCACAUGAUAAGUGACAAACAGUUUUAAAGCAUGUAUAACGAGUUAUCAGAUAUUCAUAUUAAUGAAAUAUCGAAUGCAAAUAUGUUAAUAAUUACAUUUAAUUUUGCUUUUUUAGUAUGUAAAAGAGUUUGGUAAGGAUUUUACUUGAUUAUAGAAUUGAUUUGGAAUUGUGCAUCAGUAUCACAGCUUGAAUAAAGAGUGUAAUGCUAACAUGGACCUUUUCAGACAUUUCAGAUCUUUUACUGUAUAUUUAGCUCAGUUUCUGUAAUGUAAUAGGAUUUAUGUGGACAUAUUGUCAUAUAUUGAAUGUAACAUUGAUCUUUUUUUUUUUUUAUAAAAAUUCUGAUGUAUUAUUAUAACUAAUCUGUAAAUUAAACUAUACAAUGCAUA